AUGGACCCGAACGACAAUAAAAACGUGGACCCGUCAGUCGACUCAACAGGUGAAAGACAGGAAAACGCAGUAGCAAGUAUCGAAACGCAGGAUGAAAACCCAAAGAAGAUAGAUGAAGAAGAAAGAAUUUCAGGCGUAGAAGUAAAUGAAAAUGCUCCAACUACUGCCAAUGAUGUUGUAAAUGACACAAAGGCGGGGACGACGGGCUUUGAUACUUCGAAUAAGGAUAACAACUGCAGCAUGGAUGCUUCUAUCAAAGCGACCAAACAACUGACGCAAAAUGGGGAAAUCAGAGAGGGGGGUAAUGGCCUGAAUGUGGAAGACGCGUCCAAAUUGGUCAAAGAAGGAGAUGAGCACGUGAACAAAAAUGAGACUUUAAAAGAGUGGGAACAAGAAGCUAAAAAGGAAGCUGAAAAGGAAGCUGAAAAGGAGAACGAAAAAGGGGUUCAACAUGAGGCUGUGGAGGAGCACCAAAAAGAGAACUUUCCAAGUAGCACAGUCAAACCACUUGAGGGUGCUCCCAUGAGCAAACACCCGAAUAUCACCUUUUCCCCGAAAGCUCCCCCCACAGUUAUGAACAGCGAGCCGUUAUACAUCGAAGUGAAAGGCCUCCUGCAGGUCCUUAAUCCUCAGGAUUUUGCCAAAAAUAUGAGCAUGGAAAGUUUAAAUUUAGCAAAAAAAAACGAAAAUGUACCGAUCAACAAGCGCUCACAUAGUGUGCCAUACAAAGGAGUUUCGAAAAGCAUUCCAAAGGACAUUAACAAGCAAAACAGUAAAAGCAGUAAUACAGCUCCUCAGAAGUUUCCAGGGAUGCCCAAAUCAGCCGAUCUGAUAAAAAGGCCCCCCCUGCCAAUUAAGUCACCCAUAAUAAAUCCACCAAUUACAUUGAACAAAAGUAACCUUCAUAAGGAGGGAAUUACGGGGAAGGCGUUAGACACUGGUAAAGGGAAAAGCAUUUUUCGAAAUUUACCAAAGAAAAUUCCUUCACCGGAAGUAGUAAAGAUAAAGCCCAAAGGAAUGAUUAAAAUGAAUUUUGUUCCAUCUAAAGAAAUUAGCAAGGACGAAAAUGGGAAAGUACUACUGCCAAAAGAAAAAACAUCUUUGAAAAUUCCUCCAAAAGUGUUACCCUUUUUGAUUAAAGAGAAAAGUGUUAAGCAUAAGGCUCCUCCCAAAGGUAACAUAAAACACACGUUGCAUUAUCUUAAAAGGGCUGCAGAAAUAGGAAACAAAGAAGUUGAUGUAUCUGCGACAGAAAGGAAAGAAGUUCUAAAUGGGACCACUAGUAAUACAAGGAAGAGCUCACUAGUCACUCGAAAUUUUAUAGAGAAACCCAAGAAUGCACAAAAAACUAGCCCCCUAAAGAUGGAAUCUGUGAAAAGAGGAAAGGUAAUUUUAGCCAAAAAACCCAUUUCCAAAUUGGUAGGCGAAUCUAAGACAAUGGGAAAGGAUAGAAAGAAAAAGGUUCUGCUUAAAAGUAUAGAAGGGAAAGAAGCACAGCCUUCAGAGGUUCCUCUGGACACCUCUGCCCCUAAAUUAGACGACGACGCAGGUGCAGAUAUUGAGAAGAGUCCCGAAAAGGGGGAAAAAUCGACCGAGAAAGGGGACAAAACGAACAAUGAACAGAUAAACGUAAAUGAAGAUACAAAAGAAGAACAAAUUCCCCCGGUAGAUAAGGAAGAGGUUGUAGUAGUUGAUACGGAACAUAUCACACAAAGGGAAAAAACGUUAGAAGAAAAGAACGAAUCAGAAAUGGAAAAAUAUGGGAAAGACAUGUACGAUUUGACCAGAAGCGAAACGGAGAGGCCAGAAGAGGCAGAUGAAGUGGAGGGGGAAGUGGUCGCGGCAGAACGGGUAAAAAAGGUGGACGAUGGGGAUGAACACGCCGAUGCGAGUGGCGAUAAGGACUUGGACGCAGGGAAGGGAGAAAAAAAAGGGGAAAAAGAAGAUAAAGCGGAAAAAGGGGAUGGUGAAAAGGAAGAAGGAAAUUCGGCUGAUGUUCGAAAGGAGAUAGGGCCGAAAGAGUUGGAAGAUGGAAAGAAGGGCGAUGAAAUGGUUCAACCAGAAGAAGAGAAGAGAGACGAAACGAUCCAAUUAGCGGAAUCGUCGAAACCGACACAAUCAGAAUCAGACGAAAUAAAGAAAGGGAUGGAAAAACUGAACGAAGCGAAGGAGUCAAAAAAAACAAAAUCCGAGGUAAAGAAAGGCGCUGACCAUAAGAUAAGUAAAAAGGUGCCAAAAAGAGGCGAUAACGCACCUACAAAAAAGGAUGAGGGUGGAUCUCCGCUAACCAUGAAAGCAAUUGGAAAGGCACCCUUAUCCAUGAAAACUAUUGGGAAGGCGUCUCUAACCAUGAAGUCCAUUGGGAAGGCUCCGCUAUCCAUGAAAUCCAUUGGGAAAGCGCCUCUAUCCAUGAAGACCAUUGGAAAGGCAUCUCUUACCAUGAAAACUAUUGGAAAGACACCUAUAACCGUGAAGCAAAGCACAAAGCCUGAAUUGGCCUUAAAGCAUAAGGCAACGAUGAAAGGCAUCCCAGGGUUACUAAAAUUAAAGACAGAUGUUACAGGCAACGUAAAAGAAAAGAAGGGCGUAAAAAAUGAAAAAAGCGGCGACCCGAUAAAAAGUACAACUAGCAAAAAUUCGCCCCCAAGAAAGAGCACCCUCUUUUUGAAGAAAGUUAACACUUUAAAGAAAGCUACAUUGAGCAAAAAUUCAUUGAAAGAUUUAGAUGCAGAAAAGAAGAAGCUUAUAAAAAAGCUAGAUACAUCUAUGAGUGAUAAAAAUGAGAAGAUAGAUGCAGAAAAUGAUUCCAUUUCCAUGCCCAGUAAAAAUGUGUCCAAGAAAAUUUCUUCUACAUCUAUUAAAAAUGCCUUGUCCAUUUUUAAGAAAAAAACGUUGAGUAAGUCCAAGACGGACAGCAUUCAUGAGCUCAUGUCGAGCGAAGGAAACAACAAAGCAAUCGUGUCGUCUAAGUCAGAAAAUAUUCACAAGGUGUUAGAGCAAAAGAAGAAGGAGAGAGAAAAUGAAGCAGAUGAGUUAUUUACAAAAAGGUUGCUAAGUUCGAAGGAUUUAAGAGCGGGUUCCAAAUCCAACUCAUUUGAUGAGAACAAUCAUCAAAAUCAAAACCCAAAUGAAAAUGAGAAUGAAUCUCCUCCUCCCAUGGAGAGGAACGAAGAAGUUGUCGGAUCUAAGGGGGAUGAAGAAUUUCCGAGGAUGGUAGUAAAAAAACCCUCUUUGAAGAAAUCCAAGUCGUUCAAAAAGCUCAAGUCCAAGUCGAGCAAAAAAAUGAGCAUGAGUGAUGACAUUUCAAUUGGGGAAGAAAAGGUAACUAAAAAAAUUGCCAAGCUCAGUAGCUCCAGGAAGAUAAAAAGUGCUGUGUCCCAAAUGAAAGAGGAGAAGAAAAUGAAAAAGCUGAAAUCAGAAAUAUUGAACAAGGGAGCGAGCAACCUAAUCAAAAUGAAAGAUAAGAAGGGACCCAAGAAAUAUAAGUCUACAACUGGAAAUGGGAACAGUAAAAAUGUCAAAGAAGGAAUGGGGGGAAGCAAAUCCUUCAUGGAAAAGGAAUUAGUAAAAAUGAAGUCUUUUAAGGAUAAAUGGAACAAGGAUUUUGUAACUCCAAGGAUAGGAGGCAUGGGUUCAUCCAAUAGUUCUUUUGCUCAGGACAAAUCGGAAAUGUCAGAAGUUGAUGCAUCGGGUGAUAACGCUUCGCACUCGAUUACCUCUCCUUCGGUGGCGUCCAAAAAGAUGCGGAAGAAGAAGAAAAUGAGCAGCCGCGCGGAUGGAAUCGUGAGCAACCGCAUAAAUGGCCUUACCCGCACAGAUGACGCUCCAAAAAAGAGGGGAACCACGAAAAAGGCUAAAAAAAUUGCCGCGAGCUCCAGCAUAAAAUCCAUGGAUCAUAGAAUUAUGAACGACUUGGAGCAAGAAGCACAACCACUCCCGGGCACACAUAAAGACAGCGUGACCACGACCACAAGUGCGGAAGAAAGAAGAAACAGUGGAGAAGCAAGCACAGGAAUGUUAAAACUGAGAAACGCUUCUCUGUUAAAUUUUAACCGAAUAAAAUCUGCAAACACGUUGAGGAAUUUAUCAGUCCAAGUGAAGUUAGAAUCUCCUCCUCCCCCCAUGGAAGAGGCAUCCCAAGGGGAACCCAAUUUGAAGGUAAACAAUUUAUGCUCGAAAACGCCAGCGGUGGGUAGAAGGUCAAGUGGAAUGAUCACGCAAAAUACCAGUUGGAUGUUUGGCAAAUGUUGUUCAGUGGGGAAUAGUAGCAGUGAAUAUGUAUAUGAGAGAAAAGAACCUGCGAUUCAGAACUUUAGCUCCCUCUUUAACGUGAAUAAUAAGUAUAUGCCGGUAAGCACGAAUUUGCAAAUGGCUCUCCUGUCUGGCAACAGCGUAAAGCUCUCAAAUGUUUACGAGUCUGAUUUGCUGGGGAGGGGUGCGUGGGCGCUGAACAGAGAGACUCUGCGUGGGUCUCUCAAGGGCAACACAGCGAGUGUGGGGGGUCCCUUGCGCAGACCGGUGAGCGGGUUGAUGAGUAGGCCAUCGUCCAGGCCGAUGGGCAGGUUCAUGAGUAAGCCGCCCAGCAGGCCGAUGAGCAGCCAAGUGAACGGUCAGAUGGGCAACCACAUGAGCAGCACACUUAGCUAUCAACUGGACGAUCAAAUGGCAAGUCAGAUGAGUGGCCAGAUGAAUGGCCAGAUGAGUGGCCAGAUGAAUGGACAGAUGAGCGGCCAGAUGAGCGGCCAAUGGAGCAGCCAACUUAGUCACCAACUGGACGGACGGAAUAGCCUCCCCCUGAGUUGCAAAAUGAAUUCUGGAUCAUACUCCAACAAAUCGCUCCUAAAUAAUAGCAGCUCCCUGGAGUUAAGAAGAAGGCCAUCCUGCAACACAACAGUGAAUUACUGCAGUUGUAUAUAG